CCCAUUUCGAUUCGAUUUGGAUUCUUAAUGCAUUUGCUAUCCAACUGUUACUUACAUUCGUGCCAAGCAAAAUUUGCUCAUUGGUAUAUUCGGGGGCAUUGUUAAGCUGUUUGCUCUGUAGCUUGGUUCAACUAAAUUAGAUUUUCAAUUCAAAGAAUUAUAUUAUACCGGCUUACACUAUUACAAGCGGAUAUAAGCUCUGUAGUUGAAUUUUUUAUCAUCAUCCGGCUUAUGUAUAUUGCUUACAUUCUUGGGGUUGAAGCUAAUGUUGCUGUGCAUAUUUGGGUAAACAUGCUUAAUUCUGAAGGAGAUUUAAAAAUAAGUUUUGGCUAUAAAUGCAAUAGCGAUAGAGGUAUUCCUUGUGAAGUUGCCAGUGGCUGCAAAAUCCUUCCUGGAGUACGUAGAACAAGCAGUUUCUCCUGCUUUUCAGGUGCAGCCUUAAGUGCAAAUGCUACAUUAGCAAACACAAACAUCUGCAAUGGUAAGAUAGGAGAAGAAAUCCUUCCAAGUUGGGAUUCUCCUAAUUCAUUUCGAAAAGUAACCUCUUCACCAAGUCUUUCAAAGUUGGACAUACUAUCAUCCUCCCUCCCAAAUAGUCUGUCUUACCUUAGCUGCAGUCCUUCUACUACAAGUGAUAUCCUUGAAUAUGACUCUUGCACAUUAAAAUCCAUGAGUGAUCCUUCCAGAAGUGAAGGUUUUCUUAAUGCUAAGGAAGUCCAAGUAGCAGGAGGAGCUGCUGGUGAAGAUAGAGUUCAAGCAGUUUGUUCUGAAGAAAAUGGGUGGCUCUUCUGUGCAAUAUAUGACGGCUUUAAUGGAAGAGAUGCAGCUGACUUUCUGGCUGGUACCCUGUAUGACACCAUCAUAUCUUACUUUAACAAGUUAAUUUGGGAAUUGGAGCCGGGUUCCGUCAAAGCUUACGAUGAUGGAUGCUUGGGUGGAUCCCUGCAAUAUAAGUUGGAUGAUAGUCUUAUUUAUCACGAGGAUCAAUCUCUGUCAAGAUUUAAGGGAAUAAACGAUUCUAAUCAUGGUUGUUUUGCAAAGUGUAGUCCAUCUACUAAGUCAGAAGUAUCAUGUGAUUCAUUUUCAUAUGGGGUACUUGAUAUCCUUGAACGUUCUAUUAGUCAGGCUGAGAAUGACUUCUUGUACAUGGUUGAGCAGGAAAUGGAGGAACGUCCUGAUUUAGUUUCUAUUGGAUCUUGUGUUUUACUUGUGCUUCUUCACGGCAAUGAUUUGUAUACCCUUAAUCUAGGUGACAGCAGAGCAGUAUUGGCAACAUGCACUACAGUUGAUCGAAUGGAUAAGAGAGAGAGACUCGAGGCUAUACAGCUUACAGAUAAUCAUACUGUUGAUAAUGAAGUUGAAAGAGCUAGACUUCUGGCUGAUCAUCCUGAUGAUCCCAAGAUCGUUAUAGGAGGAAAAGUGAAAGGUAAAUUGAAGGUUACUCGAGCUUUUGGAGUUGGCUACUUGAAAAAGAAAAAUCUGAAUGAUGCUUUGAUGGGAAUCCUUCGAGUUCGGGAUCUUAAAAGCCCACCAUACAUAUCCACGCAACCAUCAUUGAAUGUCCAUAGAAUUUCAAAUUCCGAUCAAUUUGUUAUAGUAGGGAGUGAUGGUUUAUUUGACUUCUUCAGCAAUGAUGAGGCAGUAAAGCUUGUGGAGUCUUAUAUCUUGAGCAAUCCUUUUGGUGAUCCAGCAAAGUUUCUCAUAGAGCAGCUUGUAGCUAGAGCAGCUGAUUCUGCCGGUCUUAGCAUGGAAGAGUUGAUGAAUAUUCCAGCUGGGAGGAGAAGGAAGUACCAUGACGACGUGACCGUAAUUGUAAUCAUGCUUGGGAUGAAUCAGCGUACUUCAAAGGCAUCAACUUGCAUUUAAGACUUGCCACUUCAAAAAAAAAAAAAAGUUAAAAAAGAAAAAACAAAACUUUGUACCUAUGGAGCUUUUUCACAGGACGCUCUCGUGUUAAGUAAUAUUUCCUAGGUUCAAGUUGUGGUAUUUAAAAUGUAUAUAUGACAUCUUACGAGAACUAUCAGGUCCUAUCAUUUGUAAACAUUGAUAGCAUAGCAGUAUCACCGUUUUUUAUGUGCACUUAGAACUCAACAAUUACACUCCUUACCCUUAAAUGUUGAUAUGCCCAGCAUUUUUAAUGUGAAGGUAUAGUUUAUUUUCCUUGUUUGGGCGGUGGACCCACGAAUGUACCCAAAAUAAUGCAGGUAUAUUAAGUUAUUAGGGUAAA